GCAGACAGGAACAGCUGAAAAAGAACAACAAAGCCGCGUCGACGACGGCACAAACAACAGAUGCGCGUCUAAAAUAUACCGAAAAUAACGGUGACAUAAUCGCUGGUGGGGGCGGUUUGUGCCACUGAAACACAUUUGUAAAGUCUUAGUUCAGUCACUCCCAGUUUUGACGAUGGGACGCAUCUUCUUGGACCACAUUGGUGGAACACGGCUCUUCUCCUGUGCCAACUGUGACACCAUCCUGACCAAUAGAUCUGAGCUUAUCUCAACACGCUUCACAGGAGCCACAGGCAGAGCUUUCCUCUUCAACAAGGUGGUGAACCUCCAGUAUAGCGAGGUGCAGGACAGAGUGAUGCUAACUGGAAGACACAUGGUGAGGGACGUCAGCUGCAAGAACUGCAACAGCAAGUUGGGCUGGAUCUACGAGUUUGCUACAGAGGACAGUCAGCGGUACAAGGAGGGACGUGUCAUCCUGGAGAGGGCGCUAGUUAGGGAGAGCGAGGGCUUCGAGGAGCACGUCCCCUCAGACAACUCAUGAGUCCCUAUCCUUGGAUUAACUCCUCUCCCUCUCCUCUAUCCUCUUGCCUCUGCACUGCACACCACCACCUGCAGACUUAGUGGUCAGUCAAGUUUUGGCUUCACCCCCCCCCCCCCCCCACACCCCUUUCCCGUCUCUGGCCUACGACCUUUGACCUCCUCCUACCACUUCCUGAUUUAUGUGUCACAAGGCAACACCCCAAAACAGCUGGAGACACAGAUAGGGAGUUGUAACUUCACUUGUUUAGGUGUUUGUGCACAGUCACACAGAAUUUUCACCAUCUCUGCACAAGGCAUGCUCCACACAUGGUAAUUUAACACAUGCAUGAUGAUAGACAUGGUCAGUCACAUAAAAAAAAAUCACCUGGUUGUUUUGUUUAUUUUUAAGACAUGGGGAAGCAACCAGUCCUCUGUACACAGCAAUGUUAAAUGAAUCAAUGGAGGCGAAACUCAGCUUUCAAGAGGCUUGUGCUUCUUUGUUGUCAACUUGUCAACAGUAGUGUAGUGAAUGUAAUAGUGUUUAAAAUCUAUGUUCUCAUCUCAAUGAUACCAUAGGUACUGCACAGAUUGAUGUCAUAUUUAAAUAUUUGUUGUUGUGUUUAACAGUGAGUUUGAUUUAGAUCACAUGAUGUGCAUUUAUUUUGACUGACACAACAUUCUUGAAAAGUGUGGAAGUGAUCUCCUGCACAGCAAACAAUCAUAUAAUUGGUAAUUGAUCCCACAAUUUAACUGAGUUCUACCACCCUCCAUCUGUUAGCAUGGAUUCUGUGCCUGUGUGAUGUGCCAUGUGAAGCGCAACAUGUCACUGUGGUGACUUAUGAGGAGCGUGUACCUUCCAGCCACGUGUCUUCGGUCUGACGGAGGAGGAAUGAGUCUGAGACGUGAUGGAGACAUUCUCUGGCUGCCUGCUGGCUUAAGGACAGGAUUAUGAGAGGAUGGGUCAUGCAAGUGUUUGACAGUAGCCAACAGUGGGAGACAAGUUUACAGACAUGCUCUGGAAAAAAGACAGCAGACAUUCUCUUACCAGUCAAUAUAUAAUAAUGCUGGAAAUGACGCACUGAAAUUUUGUUUGACUUUACUUCCAUUUAUUUAAACAUGUGACUGGAGAUGCCGUCACCUACUUUCGGGAUAGUGGCCCAUCCUCUUUUUAUAAUCCUCGGCUUAAGGCAUAUUUGGUCAUAAAAUGACUUGUUUCUUACAACACAAAGCCGAACAAGCUUUAAUGGAGUUUUUGAAGAUGAGCAUUUGCCCUCUGACUAUGCCAGAGCCCCAAUUUUAUAUUGUCAGUGUCCUGUGAAGAUUUCAACCAAAAUGUCAACUUGUGAAAAAAAAAGAAAAAAAAAAAGAAAAAGAAAUCUCAAUCUCCAUGACAUUUGAGGUUAUUUUUGGAGUGGGUCAUAGCACAGCAUCAUGGCCCCAGUGUAACAUUGUGCCAUUUCAGAGUGUACACGCCUGCAGGCAUUACCAAAGUGGUCCAACCGUCACUGGUGACACUGUUAAUGUUUUUGCUCGCCUUUCCAAGGUCAUGCAAGAAAGUGCAAGUUGUCAUUUCUACAAAACAAAAGCUAAAUUAAAUGAAAAUGGCUUAUACAGGACACCGACACAAUCCAUAUCCCGAAGUCCGUGCAGUGUACAGUCAGUGGCUGUGACAAAAUAUUGUUAUCAUUUUGUUGUUCACUUUUGCCAUUUUAUUGAUAGGUCUUUGGUUUUAUUUGCUUUACUCUAUAUGAUUAUUAUUUUAUUGGCUGAUAGAUGAUCUUACUGUAUAUUUUCUUGAUUGGAGGUUUGGAAAAAAUGUUUUCUUGUAUGGCUAUAGCAAGCUUUUCUCUGACGUGAUUUCUAAAUAAACAUGUAGUCUUGCUGG